AUGAACGGGCCCGCCCUGCAGACCUCCUCGGCCUCCUCCACGCCCUCCGCCGCCUCGUCCCCCGCGGCCCCGGCCCCGCGGGGCUGGAGCGAGUUCUGCGAGCUGCACGCGGUGGCCACGGCGCGGGAGCUGGCCCGGCAGUACUGGCUCUUCGCCCGCGAGCACCCGCAGCACGCGCCGCUGCGCGCAGAGCUCGUGUCGCUGCAGUUCACCGACCUGUUCCAGCUCUACUUCUGCCACGAGGUGCGCCAGGGCCGCGCGCCUGGGCCACCGGCCCGCGACUACCGGGAGGCGGGCUGCGUGCCCCCCGCCAAGGCCGAGGCGCCCCCCGCCGAACCGGGCCCGGGCCCCGCCGCCCCAGCCCUGCCCAAGGCCCGCAGCUCCGAGGAACUGGCCCCGCCGCGGCCGCCCGCGCCCUGCGCCCUGCAGCAGCUGCGCCAAAGCCUCCGCCACAUCAUCCGCCGCAACUCGGCCGGGGAGCUGCCGGCCGCUGGGGCGGCGGGGGAGGCCCGGGCCAAGCACGGCCUGGCCAGGAAGCUCCUGCACUGGAGCCUGGCCCGGGAGCCGCCGCCCGAGGUCCUCAAGGAGGCGGCGCUGCGCUACAGCCUGGCCGACGAGGCCUCCAUGGACAGCGGGGCGCGCUGGCAGCGCGGGCGCCUGGCCCUGCGGCGCGCGCGCGGCCCCGACGGCGCGGACCGCCUGCUGGAGCUCUUCGACCCGCCCAAGAGUUCAAAGCCCAAGCUGCGUGCAGCCUGCUCCAGCAUCCAGGAGGUCCGGCGGUGCACACGCCUCGAGAUGCCCGACAACCUCCACACCUUCGUGCUGAAGGUGAAGGACCGGACAGACAUCAUCUUUGAGGUGGGAGACGAGCAGCAGCUGCAUUCGUGGAUGGCCGAGCUCCGGGAGUGCACAGGCCAAGGCAGGCUGGAGAGCACAGACCCCGAGAGGAUGCAUGUUCCCUCAGCUCCAGAGCCUGGCUCGUCCAGCUCUCCCAGGGGAAGCACAGAUUCCCUGAACCAAGUUGCUCCUCCUGGGGGGUUGCUGGACCCAGCCUGCCAGAAAACAGACCACUUCCUGUCCUGCUACCCCUGGUUCCAUGGGCCCAUCUCCCGCGUGAAGGCAGCUCAGCUGGUUCAGCUGCAGGGCCCUGACGCUCAUGGAGUGUUCCUGGUACGGCAGAGUGAGACUCGGCGUGGGGAAUAUGUGCUCACAUUCAACUUCCAAGGCAUAGCCAAGCACCUGCGCCUGUCGCUGACCGAGCGGGGCCAGUGUCGAGUGCAGCACCUCCACUUCCCCUCGGUCAUGGACAUGCUCCGCCACUUCCAGCGCUCGCCCAUCCCCCUCGAAUGCGGAGCUGCCUGUGAUGUCCGGCUGUCCAGCUAUGUGGUCGUCGUCUCCCAGCCACCAGGUUCCUCCAACACUGUCCUGUUCCCCUUCUCGCUUUCCCGCUGGGAAUCAGAGCUGGGCCUUCCCCACCUUGGCUGUCCGCAGGGGCUCAGCCCGGAGGGUCUCCCAGGCCGGUCCUCUCCCCCAGAGCAGAUCUUCCACCUGGUGCCUUCGCCUGAGGAACUGGCCAACAGCCUGCACCACCUGGAGCCUGAAUCUGCCAGCCGAGCCCGGGACUCAGACUAUGAAAUGGACUCCUCCCCCCGGAGCCACCUGCGGGCCAUAGACAACCAGUACACACCCCUCUGACAGGCAGUGGAGCCUGGAGGAGCGCAGCCGCAGACAGGGCUGGUGAAUGUAACUUUCCUUCCUUUCAGAGAGUUAAGGGUCACUUAACUGCUCCUUCCAGUGUGGAUGUGACCCUCCUAUUAGGCCUGUUAAAGGGCCUCCUGUAAGUUCCCACCGGCUUUCUCCUUGUUGUUUACAGCUGUAGUUCCUGCUCGCACAUGCCGCUAGCUCCUGGCAGUGGAGACUCGCUCCUUCUCACUGACACGGCUGAAGACAGACAGACUUUCUACGUGGGGGAGAGGGGUCAUCAGGAAGCCCAAAACACUAACAAGCCCUGGACUCUCAUGGUUUCCCACUGUAGCUCAGUCCACGUGGCAGCUCUGGGCACCCAUGCCCCAGGCGCCCGAACCCAUCCUGCUUCGACACUCAGCCUUACGACAAAGCUGGCAGACGGUCAGGCUAAGGUCAAAAUGAUCUUAAACAUUUUACCUCAGAUACAUUUCUCAAAGGAUUCAGGUGUCAAAACUAAACCAUUGCUUACUUUACUGCACUGCUUGAACUAACACCAUCCGAUUUUUGCAGUCAGACAGCUAUGCAACCCUACGUGCCCGGCCUGACCCAGCACACCUGGCUUCCUGGUCCGCUGUAGCCUCAGGCGGUCACUGAACUGGGAGGGUGGCAGAUCACAGUUGUACCCUGGUGCCUUAUGACUAGAAAACUGGAUUCAGCUUUAUGGUGAGACUCAUGUGAGCGGUGAGAGAGAAGGGCUCCUGGGCCUUUCUAGUAAACCCUUCAUGGCUGGCUCAGAGCCCACCAGCCCCUAAUGGCUCAUUUUAGAGCCAAAAUGGAAGCUACGAAUCUGGUGCCAUAGCUAAACGAGGAACUCCUUCGACAGCCCACACUCAGCGCUGUUCCAGCCUCCCCUGGUGAAGAGUGCGCAAGCACACCGCCCCAACACCCAGGGAGGCCCCGCAGUCAGAUCUCACCUCUCCUCCCCACCACACUGGGGCCAGCAGAGUCCUUCAGUGCAGCCAGGCUCAACCAAGUGGCUUCAGGAAUCUGGGAGUUCAGCACAGUUUUCGUGCAUAAAAAUAUACAUCAGAGGCUAAAAUUAACCUGUGGCCUGAAACUGCUGCCUGCCUUACCCGGGCUGAGGGCUUUGUCUGCUCCCUCCAGCCAUUCUCUAUACUCCAAGAGGUCAGAGGUGAGCUUCUAAAAUUUUCUGGGCUGUUUUGGGGGCAAAAAGCCACCUCAACACUUCUGGGUGUUUUCACAGGUUGUAAAGCAGAUCCGAUCCAGACUUUUGGUCCAUUUCUAAGGACACUUAUUCUCUAAGUGAUGAAUGCUACACAAAGUGUGAGCCAGAGGAGCGCGCACUAUCUGAACGUCUCUUUCAAAGAGAAAGCUUGUCGCAGAGAGUCAAUGCUGACAAGUCACUGGUGCAGGAAAGGGGUUAAACAAUGACCCAAGCAAACCCCCUCCCUCCACAUCUGGGCAAUGACAUCUUCAAGCCAGGGGCACUCACUCCUUGGCAGUCUCUCAGCAAGUAAUUCUCAGGUAGGGCCAAGAGGCACGCCAGACACAGCGAGCUGGCAGCUCUGACCUCUGCUACAAAAUGCAAGAUCAGACUCAGAACUGAAAGUCACCCACCUCUAGACUGCUUCAGAAUAACACGUUCAAGAAAAACAUUUCCUUUCUAAACAUGUCUACAUUACCAGGACAGCUCAAACACACUCCACCAGAAAGCCCCGUCACGGCCUGGGAAGAAGUGACCCUAAGCCAGUGCCGCCCCUUCCACUAGAGCAGGUCAAGCUGGAGGAGAGGGAGCUAGAUGCCCUCAGUGACCCUACUGGCUGUGGCCAGUCCGCAGCACGAUGCGUACGCCACCCUCCUUCCAGUCCUGACGUGACCACUGCUGGCAGCCAGGGGCCGGGCCCGGCUCCGAGUGCCAAGGGGACCGUGAGCACCAGCUCUCUGCAGCUACCGCGGGUCAGACGAGGGCAGCUGGACUGCUCCCAGCACCGUCACUUCCUUAAUCUGACUUCAACCAACUUUUACAAACUAACAGUCACCAGCACCAAAG